GGGUCUCUGAGCGCGGCCCCUCCCCCCUGCGCCCAAACCUGCGCUGCGGUGUCUCCACCCCGCGUGUCCCCGUCUGUCCGUCCGUCCUCGCCCAGGCCUCGCCCCACCCCGGCCCCAGGGGCUGCCUUGCCACCACCCCCCCACCGCAUUCGCUUCCCUCCCUCCGGGCCAGUCCCCGCCGCCAGGGAAGCAAGCUGGGACCAAGCCGCCCCAAACCCAGGGCCAGGACCCCGACAUCAGUGGCCUGCACCCCGAGAUUGGAUCCAGAGAUCUGGAAACCUGAGCCCGAAACCUUGAUCUGGGGCUGGGACCCCCAAGACCUGGCGCCUGAACACCUACUAUCUGGGGCUGGAAUCUCAACAUCGACUUGGAACCCCAAGACUUGGAAUAUGGACCUCCAAAUUUGGAAACUGAACCUCAAGAUUUCUCAUCUAAAGCCCCAAAUCUGAAACUGAACUCUGAAUGCUGUGCCUGGGACCUUGAAAUCUGGGACCAAAUUCCCAUAUCUAUACUCCAGAACCCCCUAUUUGGGACCCAAACCCUGAGAUUUAGGCCUCAAAUUCCAAGAUCUGAACCCUGGCAUUCCAAGGGGCCUAAGCCUGUGCUAGAGCCUGAAGUCCUUGCUGAAAACCCGAAUGCUGAAAUUGAGGGCUAGAGACCUCCAAAUCUUUAUUUGGCACCCCAGUUCUGAACCCGGCACCCCAGUAUUGGAUCCCAGGACUGGGCUUGAGACUCAGACCUAAAGUCUCCAUUUGGCUGUUUAGCAUCCCAAGACCAGAGCUAGGAGCCACUGGCUCUGACCAACCAGAACUGGAGCCUGGGUCUCUAAAAUUGGUCCCUAGAGGCCAUAUAUUUAAAGAUCUAGGACCCCAGGUAUCAAGGUCUAGAGACUCCAUGGCCACAGAUCUGGGCUGAGACACAACACAGUCCCUCUACAGAGGCCUUGGGAACAGAGAAGGCAUGACCAGGUCCCCCCACCAGAGCCCUGACUCCUGACCCCUUGGAGCCUGAGGACUCUGCUCCCUGGGGCGACUUCCAGCUCAGGCCACCCCUGCCCGCAAUGGCCGUCCUCCCACUGCUCCUCUGCCUGCUGCCGCUGGCCCCUGCCUCGUCUCCAUCGCAGCCAGCCACAUCCAGCCCGUGUCCCCGCCGCUGCCGCUGCCAGACGCAGUCCUUGCCCCUCAGUGUGCUGUGCCCGGGGGCAGGCCUUCUGUUCGUGCCCCCCUCGCUGGACCGCCGGGCCGCCGAGCUGCGCCUGGCGGACAACUUCAUUGCGGCCGUGCGCCGCCGCGACCUGGCCAACAUGACCGGCCUGCUGCAUCUGAGCUUGUCUCGGAACACCAUCCGCCACGUGGCCGUGGGUGCCUUCGCGGACCUGCGUGCCCUGCGGGCCCUGCACCUGGACGGAAACCGGCUGACCUCGCUGGGCGAGGGUCAGCUGCGCGGCCUGGUCAAUUUGCGCCAUCUCAUCCUCAGCAACAACCAGCUGGCGGCCCUGGCGGCCGGUGCCCUGGACGACUGCGCCGAGACACUGGAGGACCUGGAUCUCUCCUACAACAACCUGGAGCAGCUGCCCUGGGAGGCCUUGGGUCGCCUGGGCAACGUCAACACGUUGGGCCUCGACCACAAUCUGCUGGCGUCUGUGCCUGCCGGCGCCUUCUCCCGCCUGCACAAGCUGGCGCGGCUAGACAUGACCUCCAAUCGCCUGACCACCAUCCCACCCGACCCGCUCUUCUCCCGCCUGCCGCUGCUGGCCAGGCCCCGCGGCUCCCCCGCCUCCGCCCUGGUGUUGGCCUUCGGCGGAAACCCGCUGCACUGCAACUGCGAGCUGGUGUGGCUGCGGCGCCUGGCCCGGGAGGACGACCUGGAGGCCUGCGCCUCCCCGCCUGCACUGGGUGGCCGCUACUUCUGGGCUGUGGGUGAGGAGGAAUUCGUGUGUGAGCCCCCCGUGGUGACUCACCGCUCGCCACCCCUGGCGGUGCCUGCAGGCCGACCAGCUGCUCUGCGCUGCCGGGCAGUGGGGGACCCCGAGCCCCGCGUGCGCUGGGUGUCACCCCAGGGCCGACUGGUGGGCAACUCGAGCCGUGCCCGUGCCUUCCCUAAUGGGACCUUGGAGCUACUGGUCACCGAGCCAGGCGACGGGGGUAUUUUCACUUGCAUUGCAGCUAAUGCAGCCGGUGAGGCCACUGCCGCUGUUGAGCUGACCGUGGGUCCCCCACCACCUCCCCAGCUAGCCAACAGCACCAGCUGUGACCCCCCGCGGGACGGGGAUCCUGAUGCCCUCACCCCGCCCUCUGCCGCCUCCGCCUCUGCCAAGGCAGCUGACCCUGGGCCCCCUACCGACCGCGGGGUCCAGGUGACUGAGCAUGGGGCCACAGCCGCUCUUGUCCAGUGGCCGGACCAGCGGCCCAUCCCAGGCAUCCGCAUGUACCAGAUCCAGUACAACAGCUCAGCCGACGACAUCCUCGUCUACAGGAUGAUUCCCGCCGACAGCCGCUCCUUCUUGUUAUCGGACCUGGCGUCCGGCCGCACCUACGAUCUGUGCGUGCUGGCGGUGUACGAGGACAGCGCCACGGGGUUGACCGCCACGCGGCCGGUGGGCUGCGCCCGCUUCUCCACUGAGCCCGCGCUGCGGCCAUGCGGGUCCCCGCACGCACCCUUCCUGGGCGGCACCAUGAUCAUCGCCCUCGGUGGAGUCAUCGUGGCCUCGGUACUGGUCUUCAUCUUCGUGCUGCUUAUGCGCUACAAGGUGCACGGAGGCCAGCCCCCCGGCAAGGCCAAGGCGCCUGCACCUGUCAGCAGCGUUUGUUCGCAGACCAACGGCGCCCUGGGCCCCACACCGGCCCCGCCCGCCCCUGAGCCCGCGGCGCCCAGGGCCCACACCGUGGUCCAGCUGGACUGUGAGCCCUGGAGGCCCAGCCACGAACCCACGGGACCCUAGCCUCACGCCCACCUCUACGGCCCUUCUGGCCCCAAGGGUGGGAGGAGCCAGGCACCCCCUGGGACCUGGCCUCAGACUCACCAAAUUGCUCACGGUUUUUAAAACUCUGAUGGGGAGGGUGUCGGGGGCACUG